UGCAUGAGGAAGAGAUAUACCCUCAGCACCCCUCCUUGCACAGUCAGCCGUCUUACGUGCCACCCUCUCUCUCCGAGACAAAAGGAAAGACAGACUAUCAACUUCCACGGUACACCACAAUACGCCUUGAACCAGAUCAUCUACGCGAAAGCAACGAACUGCCAGACAUGGACGCGCGGGUCCAGAAGGCCAUCCAGCAAUCCAUAGCUCUGCACAAAGACCCGGGGUCCGUCCCAUGGAAAUCCGACGAGCCGUGGGCGCAAUCCCACUACGCAUGGGACGCCGAGGAAGAAGCAUGGCAGCCAGCAUCUACUUCAGACAGCGACAGCAGCAGCUCAAGCCCUUCCACCACCACCACCAUCCGCGCUCUAGCGCUGUAUAGCUGGAACAUCGACUUCAUGCUGCCCUUCGCAGAGUCGCGCAUGGAGGCCGCGCUCUCGCACCUCUCGGAUUCCAUAGCGCAGCUCCCCUCAUCAACAGCAGCAGUGGUCUUCCUCCAAGAAUGCGUGCCAUCCGAUCUGGCGACCAUAAGCAGACAGCCGUGGGUGCGCUCGCGGUUCUCCAUGACCGACCUCGACGCCUCGGCCUGGGGCAACGGGGCCUACGGCACCACGACGCUCGUGGACCGCAAGUUGGGCGUGGCGGCGUGUUUCCGCGUGCACUACGCGCAGACGAGAAUGGAGCGCGACGCGCUCUUCGUCGACGCCGUCGUACCGGGGAUUUUCAAACCGGGCCAGAUCCUCCGGCUCUGCAACACGCAUCUCGAAUCCCUCCUCCCGGACCCCCCGCUCCGGCCGCCGCAAAUGCGUCUCGUCAGCACGUUUCUGCGCGCCAGCGAGGUAAGCGGGGGUAUCGCGGCGGGCGAUUUCAACGCCAUCCAGCCCGUCGACAGGACGCUGCAUUCCGCCCACGGGCUGAGGGACGCGUAUCUCGAGCUCGGGGGCCGGGAGGACAGCGACGAGGGGUACACGUGGGGCCAGCAGGCGCUGAGGCCGCUGCGCGAGCAAUUCGGGUGCUCGCGGAUGGACAAGGCGUUUUUCUGCGGCGCCGGCCUUGAAUUGCAGAGCUUCGAGCGAGUCGGGGCGGAUGUCGAGGUGCGCGGGGAGAGGCAGAGGUCUGGGCUGCUGGCGCUUGGGUUCGAGAAGGCGUGGGUUACGGACCAUCUCGGCAUCAAGGCUGUGUUCAAUCUUAAGGAUGCCGUUCAUUCUUAGGAGUAAUGCCUAUUUUGAAACAUCUUGUCUAGCCUAGGAGAUCGGUACAAGACCACCCAGAUUUCUAAAUUCCCUUAGAUCGCGAAUCUUACUUUAUUGCAUACAGUUGUUUACCUUAUCUACCUACCAACUACCAUUUUCAAGCUCCGUUCUAAGGUUUGGUCAUAGGAGGGCGAACAGUGUCCACACGAGAAUUUCAAGGUCUCAGCAUGAUGGGUACAGUCUUGGGAGUCCACUUGACGAGCAAUUGCCAAUUGGCAUUGGAGUUUAAGAAAUAUUGAUUCUAAUUUGAUAAAGGAGAUUAAUGUCGUAUGACUUGACGCCCACCAGAUUACAACUCCCUGCCCCUAUCCUUUUUGACCCCCUUUUAUCUGAUCCCGAAUCGUACACUAACGUCGACUACACUUAAAUCUUUGGAUGAUCAUGCCACAAGCAUAUUCUAUCUGAGCUUCUACUUUAUUUGGCG